AUGCUGCUGCCCCACGCGAUUAUAGCCAUUGACUUCGGCACCGAGUCUUUUAAGCUAGAUCUUCUCAGCAACAAGCCCCACACGUUUGCCAUUGGAGAAACGUCAUGCCGCUUUGCAACCGACAUUAACCAACUUCUCGUUGAUUUCUUCGGCUACAUCCUGAAGAAGGUCCAGGAUGAAAUCCAAUCGACAUUGCAGAAUGCUCAUUCCGUCAAAUGGCACCAGGCACACAUCGAUCUUGUCCUGACCCAGCCUGCCACCGGUAACGAAGAUAGCCGGCUCAAGUACUGGUCAACCCUGAAGGAUGCCAUUGAGAGUGCCGGAUUUUCUGCUCCUACCCACCGCAUCAUCGGAGACUUGGAAGAGCCAAAGGCGGCAGCUCGAUACGUGUUACAGCAACCCUGCGAUGGUGAGACUGGACACUACCAGACUGGCGAUACAUGUAUCCUCGCUGAUGCCGGCGGAGGCACAACUGAUGUUUGUGCCUUGUACAUUGAUGACAUCGACACCCUAGCCAUCAGCCCCAUCGGUUCUCACGCCAUGCGUGGCGCUAUUAUUGGCGGCAUGAUGCUUAACAAACACCUCGAAAAAGAAUUAUCAAGUUACCUACAAAACCGCCAGCAUCUCCUACAGGAUGGCAUCACCCCGAUCGAAGCUUCUCGCGUACUCUCCUGGGGUUUGGAUGCCAUUGAGGCUAAGAUUGCGAUUGGCAACGUGAUGCCCGACCCUCCAACCUCGCUAAUUCACCGGCUGCUUGGAACACGUGCGCCAAUGUUCAAGGCCAACUCCUCAAAUGAUGAAGGUAGCAACCAGCGUACCCAGCAAAAGGACCUGGAAUUCGAUCUGUCCAUCAUGGCUCCAUGCAUGAACCACCAGGUGCUUGGAAACGACCAAAUCGGGUCGCGGGGCAUCUGGGGCUUAAUAGGGUCCGCCAUCGACAAUGUGUCCGUCAGCGGUUUCAUCCGCAAGCGUCUGAGUGAUGAGCGGGUCGAGACUGAAGCUGGACCACUCUCUUUCAACACCCAAGCGCCGGACCCGGUCAAUGUCAACCAUAUUAUCCUGACAGGGGGCUUUGGCUCUUCGCUCUAUGUGAGGACGGCAAUCGAAUCAGCCAUGCAUCGCGAUACAAGGCUUGCCCCUGGUUUGCAAACGGGCGAAGCAAAGUACGAGAAUCUCCGCACAGAUCGUGUCCGGGUGACUCGUGAGCCCCAACUUUGUGUUGCAUUGGGUGUCCUUGACGCCUAUCGGGCCCAGCUUCUAGCGGAGGCUACAACCAGCAAGAAGGCUGGUUUCUCCCUCCGCAGAACUUGGCUUUCUGUUUUGAGGCGCUAG